AGGGAAGUGGAUCAGGCAAUAAAAAGCGUGGCCGAGAAGGUUUUGGUUCUCCGGUUUGGAAGAGAUAGCGAUGCUGUUUGUCUGCAGCUGGAUGAUAUUCUUGCAAAGACAGCUCAUGACCUAAGUAAAAUGGCAGUCAUUUACCUGGUGGAUGUGAACAAGGUUCCAGUGUACACCCAGUAUUUUGACAUCAGUUAUAUUCCGUCUACUGUAUUUUUCUUCAAUGGACAACACAUGAAGGUUGAUUACGGGUCUCCAGAUCAUACCAAAUUUGUAGGAAGCUUCAAAACAAAGCAAGACUUUAUAGAUCUGAUUGAAGUGAUUUACCGUGGAGCAAUGCGUGGAAAGCUCAUUGUGAGAAGUCCUAUUGAUCCCAAUAACAUUCCUAAAUACGACCUUCUCUACCAAGGAAUUUAAUGGGUUGACCCGAGAUAAAGAAUUAUGGAAAUGGCCGAUGUUCUAGAUCCCUUUUUUCUUCAAACAUUUUUAGCCACCUCUGACACCGUGGGACACUUUGAGCAUUUAUGGGGAAGGAUCAUAUUGGUCUGCUUCUGGAGACAGACAUUCUGUCACCUUGUACUUCUCUUGUAAAAAAAGCUACAUGUUCAUGCAUAGAAUUCA